UCAAGUGCGAUGCUGACAGUAGGUAGAGUUCGCGGCGCGAUCUUCGAAAGAUCUUUUGCAGUGGUUACAUGCAGCUCUAUACGAAGGCAGCGACGGCAACCACAGUUUCCUUCCUUCGGGGCUGCAUCAAUUCAGACGCUUACAUCAGAGUUACCACGGAGCCGUUCUAAGAAUAAUCAAGUUCGCCGUACCCGAAGCGCAUUCCGUGACUUUCACACCGCUUCGUAUUUCAUAAUCUUAUUGUCCAGGAAAACCGAACUGAAAACUUCAGAGGAUGAUAUACCAAUGCACCGAUUGAGGAAGCAAUACUACAAUACUACGUUGAACGAUGAAGAGAGACAUAAUCUUCUUGAUCCUUUUCAUCGGAGUGGCAGCUACAACAGAAUUGGCUCGCUACAUGCCCAGAGGAUGGCGUCCAAGUGGGAGACACUUCAAUCCCGGUCACAGUCAGCCACACGCAUACUAUCGACCAGUCGGUCCACCAAAUGUGAUCACUUAUCCACCAGCAGCAUUCCCACCUUCGGAUAGUACGAUCCCAACAACAACAGCUAGUACAUCGUCAACGAUACCGAGUACUACUACUCCUACUACUUCUACUAUUACCGUUACUACAACCGAGAGAAAUAUAGAACCAACGACUCAACCAAAUCUAUCUGAUGAAAGUUUCGACACGAAUCCGGCCCUUGCCAUCGCCAAUUCCUUCGCCUUCAACAGACCUGUCUACGUUUAUAAUACCUUCCCUUUCCUCCCAGGACACGUUUUAGUCAAGUAACCUGACCAGGACCGAAGAAUAUCCAGGAGAACUUAUGAUAUAAUCCCGACCCACCUCUCUUCUUCAUCGUGUUCGUCCGUCCUACGUACGUAUGUAUGUAUAUAUGUAUGUAUAUAUAUAUAUAUAUAUAUAUAUCUAUGUAUACGUAUAUACGUUACGACAUUAAUACUGUAUUAUAUGUACCACCGAUAUAUUCUCUCGACUUUGUCUAUGUAAUAUUUGUUUUAGUAAAUACAUGUGUACAUCAUCAACACACUCGGUCACAAAUGUUUGGAAACUUCGUAUUUGUAAUUCAAUAUGUAGAAUCUAUUGUAUUACAUUUAACUGUUAUCAUCGAUACAUUUAAUACUUUUAUAUUAUAUUUCAUUUAUUAUACAUAAGUUAAUUAUUUUUAUGUCUUCUUUUUUUUUUUAUUUUUUUUUUAUUUUUUAUUUUUUUUUUUUUUUUUUUUUUAUAACACGCACACACUUUUUUUUAACACGUUUACGCGUAUACGCGCGCACGCGUGCGUAUGUAUAUGUAUGUGUACAAAGGAUUGAUAUUACAAAUCAAUUCUUAC